AUGUCUCAGUGUGUGUGGGAACUCCUAAGCAUUGAAAAAUCGUUUACCACAAAAUGUGACAAGUGUGAAACAGAUCCAACAUACGAUUCCUCCGAACAUUUUGAAUGUCACAAUGCCCGCAGCGCGCAUAUAAGAUCGGAAAAAGUGGACUACGAUUACGCAGAGGAAUUGUCUCACCACUGCAAGGAGAAGAAUGAGAAGGACAAGCUAAAGUUUGAGAAAAUUAUGCACAAGUUUUUUAUUUCAGACAUUUCCAAGUAUGUCAAGGCCUACGUGAAAAAGAAUGACGGCAACAUCCGGAGCGAAAUAGGCAUAACGUCCAGCAAAGGUACCAAUUCGGAGGAAGAAAGGAACUGGGUCAACAGCUACAUAUACAACUUCAUAAGCUAUUGCCUCAUGACCUACAACGACUGCAAGCACUACAUCGUUAUCACGAGCAGCAGAAAUUUGAUUCAGAAGUUGACGGGCACCGGAUACGGAUACUACGGUAUUUACUUCACGAACGGGAAAAAAAUCGGAGGCAUGGGCAAUCUGUUCAUCAAGAUAAAUCAAGUGAGGCACAUAAGUUACAGCAUCAUGAAGACCCUGCGAACGAGGCCGGCCUCGGACAGGUCCAUAUCAAAUAUUGACGAAACAAGCAGCUUCACAUUUGCGCUGUAG